CUCCAACACCUUCUGCAUCGACAUGGUGCAACCCAAAGAAAAGUCCAUCUGCGUGGGCGCUCUGCUUUUCCUCUACACUGGAGACUUCUACCUUAACAUCAAAUUUCAGGACGACAGCGCCGGGCGAGAGCUGCCUUUGGCCUGGUUCACGCUUCCCAGCGUCCACAUCAGAACAAUGGACACGCUUUUCAAGGACGCCGCUUGACCGGCCCGCCAAACUGAUUCCAUUUGUGUUCAUAUCUGUAAAUGAAGCGGGCAUCCCGUGCGAUUGUCCUUUUCAACAUGAAGCAAAACCGCGUUUGGCGUUUAGCUUGCCAACUCGACUGCUGAGCUAGCCUGGCUAGCUACCGUAUAGGAUGUACACGUCGGUAAGUUAUUAUUUUUUUUCAUCCAAACGGAACUACAGAUGAAAAGCGCUCCUUUGACUGUAAAUAAAGGAAAUCAACAAAGCUGUUUUUCCUCAUGGCCGCUGUCAUUCCGACGAUUUGCAGCUCGCGGUCGUCGGGGGUUAAAAAAAAAAAAAAAAAGCGACGUUUUCCCAUUUUCAUUCAUCUCUGCAUGUGUUUCCGGACACGGUGUAUCUCUGUGGAUCUCUGACUUGGCAGCAGCAGGAAAAUGACAGGAUAACUCGCACCCCCGCCCCUCAGGGGGGCUGUUACAUCUUGUCGCAGCACCAAAGAGAAAGUUCUUUCGGUGCUUGUGACAGACAGGUAAGUUCGUGUUUGAAAUAUAAAAGUGCACUGAUCAUUUUCACCCUUUUUCUCAUCGACGAAUCGGCGCGAGUGUAUUCUCGCGCAAUGCGAGAGGUAUUUUACAUUUUGUGGCAACCCCCCUGGAGACGCUCGCACCCGGACGAAUCGACUCCAGCUUUCGAUGGCGCUCGAUGGCUCCUUCAAAGGAGCACGAUCCGGGUUUCCCGUACCGCUGCCCCAGCCCCUGCCCCGCAGGCGCCCACCUCGUCCACCGUCAUCGGAGCGCGCCCCUCCGCGCGUCCCCCGCCGCAGCCACCUCCAGGCGCGGUGCACUCGGCUUCUUCCCUUCUCGUCGCACCAUCCCGGGGAACACGAGGGGACAUGAGCCCCUCACUCGCCGGCUCCUCGUGGCCAUGAAGCGGCAAAACGUGCGGACCUUAUCCCUGAUCGUUUGCACGUUCACCUACCUGCUGGUGGGAGCCGCCGUCUUCGACGCCCUGGAGUCCGACUUUGAGAUGAGAGAGAAGGAGCAGCUGGAAGCCGAGGAGAGGCGCCUUCAGGGGAAGUACAACAUCAGCGAGGACGACUACCGCAAGCUGGAGACCAUCAUCAUGGAGGCCGAGCCCCACAGAGCCGGGGUGCAGUGGAAAUUCGCCGGCUCCUUUUACUUUGCCAUAACGGUCAUCACUACCAUAGGCUACGGUCACGCGGCGCCAGGGACCGACGCUGGGAAGGCCUUCUGCAUGUUCUACGCCGUCCUGGGCAUCCCCUUGACUCUGGUGAUGUUCCAGAGUCUUGGCGAGAGGAUGAACACGUUUGUCAAGUACCUGUUGAAGCGCAUCAAGAAGUGCUGCGGUAUGAGCAUCACCGACGUCUCCAUGGAGAACAUGGUGACGGUGGGCUUCUUCUCCUGCAUCGGCACGCUGUGCAUCGGCGCCGCCGCCUUCUCGCACUACGAGGACUGGAGUUUUUUUCAGUCGUACUACUACUGCUUCAUCACGUUGACCACCAUAGGGUUCGGGGACUUUGUGGCCCUGCAGAAGAACAGGGCCCUUCAGAAGAAGCCCCUCUAUGUGGCCUUCAGCUUCAUGUACAUCCUGGUGGGCCUCACGGUCAUCGGGGCCUUCCUGAACCUGGUGGUGCUGCGCUUCCUGACGAUGAACAGCGAGGACGAGCGGCGGGACGCCGAGGAGCGGGCGUCGCUGGCGGGGAACCGCAACAGCAUGAUCAUCCACAUUCAGGAUGAGUCGCUGCAGCGAGGGCGGCAGCGGAGGGGGGGGCGCGAGAGCCAUCGCGACGAGAUGAGUGACUUGCACUCGGUGUGCUCCUGCAUGCACUACCACACGCACGACCUGCCUACCACCAGGGGGCUGAUGGGAGGGCUGGGAUGUGCCUUCUCCCACCAGAACUCGCUGGGCUCACAGCUGAACCCGGGCCACUACUAUCACUCCAUCUCCUACAAGAUUGAGGAAAUCUCACCCAGCACGCUGAAAAACAGCUUCUACCCGUCACCCAACAGCUCAGUGUCGCCGGGCCUCCACAGCUUCACGGAGAAGCUCCAGCUCAUGAGGAGGAGAAAGUCCAUCUAGUCUAGCCCGCCCUCACCAAACCUCAUCACAAGCACUUUCCCCGUUUUCUUUCCUUUUUGAUUUUUUUUUUUUUGUUUUUGCACCUGGUGGAGAACACUGAUGGGAUGGGAAGCAUGAAGCAUGGAUGUCUAUUUUUUUCAAGGGAUUACUCCACACCAACGCUUGAUAGACCUUCCCGAUGCACUCUAGAAAGCGCUUCUCUAAAAACUUUGGUUUCCUACCAAAUGACACACACUUGGGGGGGAAAUGCUAUUUUUCAUAAGGGAGGACACUAGUUUCACCGUAACUUGAAGAACCCGUCACGUACAUACAAAGGAUGAUUUUUCUACAAGCCAUCACACAAACAUCGUCGCUAAUGUUAGCAUGUGUAUUGGCCCGGUAUAUUUUUUGUGAAAUUCCUUUUUGUUUGUUGUUAGCAGCUUUGUUUGGAAUCCAAAAGAUCAUGCUGCUGUUACUAAUAUCACCCUCCGUAUAUUCUCCUUUCGUGGAGCGUUAAAGAUCAUAUCUGGCCAGCCGAGCCGAGCUCGAACGACACGAACACAAACUCUUUCAUUGGAGGCUUUUGUGGCACUUGCUCGGUUUUUCCCAGGAUUCGUUAUUGAAUUCAUCAAUGUCAAGUGAUCUUGUCAUGAUGGCUCCUCUGCAAAAGUGGCAGAAAUAGCGAUUGCAGAUUUUUUUUUUUAAUUAAAUGUCAAGAUUUAAAUAAAGUAUGAAAUAACCUUUUUUUUUUUUUUUUUUUGCGAUAGACUCAUCUCGGGGUUUGCCAUCACAACACGCGCAUGAGACAAGAUCUACAGGCUACAUCAGAAUCUAAUGCACAACUUAGAUGAUGAGAUCCCCUCCAACAAGCCAAUC